CGCAUCAGAGGCUCAAGAAGCCAUCGCGCCAGCGGCUAGCCACACUGGCCGGUCGCCCCGUCACCGACUCCGCCGCGGCCGCCGCCGAUGCAGAAUCCCAAUGGCACCAUCCUCCAGCUCUACCACGCCGGCAGGCUCGCCGCCGCCCUCCGCGCCUUCGAGUCGAUCUCCUCUUCCCCAGCCCCUCUCACCGCCGCUACCUAUGCCGCCCUCGUCGCCGCGUGCUCCCGCCUGCGCUCUCUCCCGCAAGGCCGCCGCGUACACCGCCACCUUGUCGCCUCUUCGUCGUCGUCGUCCUCCUCCCCGGGUGCCCAGCUCGCCAGAAACACCGUCCUCAACAACCACAUCAUCACCAUGUACGGGCGGUGCGCCGCCCCGGACUCCGCCCGCCAGGUGUUCGACGAAAUGCCCGCCAAGAACCCCGUCUCCUGGGCCGCCGUCAUCGCCGCGCUCGUCCAGAACGGCCGGGCCGGUGACGCUCUUGGGUUGUUCUCGUCCAUGCUACGGUCAGGGACUGCUGCUGACCAGUUUGCGCUCGGCAGUGCCGUGCGUGCUUGCACGCAGCUUGGGGACGUUGCCGCUGGGAGGCAGGUGCAUGCCCAUGUGUUGAAGUCAGAGAGAGGUAGUGACUUGAUUGUGCAGAACGCACUCGUCACAAUGUACUCCAAGAAUGGCUUGGUUGACGAUGGAUUCAUGCUCUUUGAGAGGAUUAGAGAUAAAGACUUAAUUUCCUGGGGGUCAAUUAUUGCUGGGUUUGCACAGCAAGGUUUUGAAAUGGAGGCACUAAAGGUUUUCAGAGAGAUGAUUGUUGAGGGCCUGCAUCAUCCGAACGAAUUUCAUUUUGGUAGUGUGUUUCGUGCAUGUGGGGCUGCAGGGAGUUGGGAGUAUGGUGAGCAGAUUCAUUGUUUGUCCAUCAAGUAUAGGUUGGACCGUGAUUUAUAUGCUGGUUGCUCACUGAGCGACAUGUAUGCGCGGUGCAAGAAGCUAAAGUCUGCAAGGGUCGCAUUUUACAGGAUUGAGGCACCUGAUUUAGUUUCUUGGAAUUCCAUAAUAAAUGCAUACUCUGUUGAAGGCCUACUUAGUGAGGCCUUGGUCCUGUUCUCAGAGAUGAGAGAUUCUGGUUUGAGACCUGAUGGUAUUUCUGUUAGGGGCUUGUUGUGUGCAUGUGUUGGCUGUGAUGCCUUAUAUCAUGGUAGAUUGAUCCAUUCCUACUUGGUCAAAUUGGGUUUAGAUGGGGAUGUUUCAGUUUGUAAUUCUUUACUCAGCAUGUAUUCAAGGUGUUCAGAUUUACCCUCUGCAAUGGAUGUUUUUCAUGAGAUAAAGGAUCAGGAUGUCGUAACCUGGAACAGCAUUCUUACUGCCUGUGCCCAACACAACCAAAUGGAAGAAGUCCUGAAGUUAUUUGGCCUGUUGAACAAGCGUGAGCCAAAUCUUGAUAGGAUUAGUUUAAACAAUGUACUGAGCGCUUCUGCUGAGUUGGGUUACUUUGAAAUGGUGAAACAGGUUCAUGCAUAUGCCUUCAAGGCUGGACUAGUGGAUGAUACAAUGCUUAGUAAUUCUCUAGUUGACACUUAUGCUAAAUGUGGAAGUUUAGAUGAUGCCAUGCGGCUCUUUGAAAUAAUGGGCAACAAUCGCGAUGUGUUUUCGUGGAGCAGCUUGAUUGUUGGGUAUGCCCAAUUUGGUUAUGCAAAGGAAGCACUCGAUUUAUUUUCAAGGAUGAGAAGCCUGGGAAUCAGGCCAAAUCAUGUAUCCUUCAUCGGUGUUCUCACAGCAUGCAGUCGUGUCGGUUUUGUUCAUGAAGGCUGCUAUUAUUACAGCAUUAUGGAGCCUGAGUAUGGUAUUGUUCCAACACGAGAGCAUUGUUCAUGUAUCAUUGAUUUGUUGGCACGUGCUGGAAGACUAACUGAGGCAGCAAAGUUUAUUGACCAAAUGCCAUUUGAUCCUGAUAUUAUAAUGUGGAAGACUCUUCUGGCUGCUAGCAAAACACACAAUGAUAUGGAUAUGGGUAAGAGGGCAGCAGAAGGUAUUUUGAAUAUUGAUCCUUCCCAUUCGGCAGCUUAUGUUUUGCUGUGCAAUAUAUAUGCUGCUUCUGGCAAUUGGAAUGAGUUUGCCAGAUUGAAGAAGGCUAUGAGAAGUAGUGGUGUUAAAAAAUCACCUGGGAAGAGUUGGGUUAAACUUAAGGGGGAGGUAAAAGUCUUUAUAGUGGAGGACAGGUCACAUCCAGAGUCUGAGGAAAUAUACACAAUGCUGGAGUUAGUUGGAAUGGAAAUGAUAAAAGCUGGUUAUGUUCCAAAGUAUUCAUGUAAACAUUCUAUUGUUGAUCAUAUUGAUAGUGAUUUGUUCAAUGAUGAAAUGCUAGCUGAAUACAGUUGAGUGGGAGAUGAAGAAAACAUUCAUAGCUGAAUCUGGGGUAUUUCCAUUGCCCCAUGUUGUAAGAAAUACUCGUUUAUCAUCCAGAGAGUUGUGAAGGUUUUGUCAGAAUUGCAAUGGAAAAUCUACAGAAGCUAUGUAAACGUGGUGUCAUCAUCACACACCAUUUGGGAACUUACUGAUGUCAACUUGCCUAGGAAAUAUGUUUUACAAUGUGGGCUCGACAAAUCGUACAUGGUGGGCCUGCUGAUGGAGCUACUCAUGUAAUCUUGCUAAUGAUAUACGAAGCACAACUGGGGCUGAUGUAUUGGUUUCAGCUGUCCCAUAUUUCCCUUAUGUAAGAUUCAGUCCAGUGAGCCGUACACAAGGUAGUCACUAGUCAAUAUUCAAGUUUGUGUACAAGGGCUAUUCAUUGUCCUCAUCCAGCUUGCCACUCCCCCCUUUCCUCAUCCAGUAUGAGGAAAUGUGUUUCUCAAGGUUGAUUGGAUUCAUUGUAAAUAGUGAGAUACUCAAAUGAUCUGAGCUAUUUGAUACAUGAAAGGCCAACUGGGCUCUCUAUAUUUGUUUAAGCUGCCAGAUAAGUAGAUUCCGAUUCAGUGAGCCAUACACAAGAUAGCAGCUUGUCAACAUCAAUGGAGCAUACUACAUUAAGUUUGAAGGAUUCUCAUAUCGAAAAGCUCAAAUCAAUAAUCCAAUGGGCUGACUGUGAAGAUACAUGUUUGAUAAGCAGCAUGAAUUUGCUGAGCGAGUGACAGUGACACAAAUAACAACAUGAUGAUGGAGGACUCAACAAACAAGAGUUGACAAUAUUCUUCAUCUCAAAGGAAACGACCAAGAUGAUAGUACACCUUACCUGGUAGAAUCCAAUGGAGUUGAAUCCUAAACUAAGAUUGAGAAGGCCAAUUGAGGUG